AUGGGCGGCGUACUGGCGAAGGUUUUCGCUGGUGUGACGGAAGGUCUGAGCGUCGAACGGAUAAGAGGGAAUCACGACGCGCAGGAGCCGGGGGAAAAUGCUCGCGGGGAAAUGGCUGGCGGAAGGGUGGAGGCGGAAGACAGCGGGGGGAAGGUGGAGGGGAGUGGGGGAGAGAUGGCGGUGGCGGAGGAGUGGGGGGAGCUGUGGAAGGGGUGUGGCGGAGGGGAGGGCGGGGAAGUGGGGGGCGAGACAGAGGAGAUGGACUGGGCGGGGGAUGGAUGGCUGGCGGAUACUCAGAUCGUGGGGGAGGACGAGGAGACGCAGGUGUAUGGUUAUGGUGGGAGUUGGAGCCCUAGUAAAUGUGGGAACGAAAAGGAAAAGGAAAAGGAAUUUGAUUUGAGUUUGGUUGUUGCUAGGGGGGGACCAGAGAAGGUGACAGGGAAAGGGUUAGCGAGGGGUGGAGGACAGGCGGAGGGCGAGCUGGGGGAAAGAUUAGAGCAGGGGCGAGGGGAGGAGAGGCAAGAGGGAGAGAGGCGAGAGGGAGAGAGGCGAGAAGCGGAGAGGGGAGAUGAGGAGAGACGAGAAGCAGGAAAGAAGCAAGAGGAGGGGGAACGGAAAGAGGAAACGGAAGUGGAAGGGGUAGAGCAGAGGGGAGGAGAGGAGGAGACAGAUAAGGGGGUGAACCGAGAAAAGGGUGGGAAGCAAGGAGAGGAGGGGCAGGAAGAGGAGGAAGAAUCACCUGUGAGCUUCAAAGGCAGAGGUAGGGGAGGAGGGAAGGGAAGAGGGCGAGGGAGAGGCGGAAGGAGGGGCGGGGGACGCGGAAGUGGCAAGGGGAGGAGUUUAGAAAGGGUUGUGCUCGGGACGGGGAAGGCGGUUGUGGAGGGCGGGGAGGAGGUAGCAGCAGCAGGUGCACUCGCAGCAGCAGACUUGCCGGCACCGGCCGCAGCAGCAGUAGACACGACAGCAGCAGCAGCAGCAGCAGCAGCAGCAGCAGCAGCAGCAGCCGCAGCAGCCGCAGCAGCAGGAACGGCAGAGAAAUCACUACCAGCAUCAGCAGGAAAAGCGGCAGCAGGAACAGCAGACACAUCACCAGCAGCAGCAGCAGCAGCAUCAGGAAAAACAGCAGCAGGAACAACAAGCACAUCACCCGAAGCAGCAGCAGCUUUGUGUGGGGACUCGGUGGAUCCAGGCGAGGACACGCAGGUGGACGCCCUCGGUAUAGUCACGCGCCUGCUGGGCUCCGACAGCCAGCACAGCAGCGGCGUGCUUCUACCGGGCGGUGCACUGGGCGGGCUGCUGCUGGGGGGAAUGGGCGGAGGCAUGGGGGGAGCGGCUGGGGGCGAGAAGGGGGGUAACAGCAAGGGCAGUGGGGCAGGAGGUACGAGCAAAGGAAGGGAGGUACCCAGCUGGGCUAACUGGCUCAAGCCGGUGGGGAAGGCAGGAGGAGGGACGGUGGCUGACGGGCACGUGGGUGUUUCUGGUGUGCAGCAGCCGUUGAAGGCUGUUCUGAGGGAGGAUGGGGUGGACCCGUACGCGCUUCCUUACAGUGAGGACCCGGACGAGGGGGGGUGUUGGGGCAAGGGCGGAGUGGGUGAGGCGGAGAGGGGGGCGGAAGGAGGGAAGGCUAGUGGAGGGCGGAAGGGAGGGGAUAAGGGAGAUGGGGUGGAGGAAGAGGAGUUGGAAGAGGAGGAAGAAGCUCGAAAAGUGAAGGGGAAGAGGACGCGUGGAAGUGCAAGAGGUAAGGGAAGAGGAGGAGGAAGAGGGAGAGGAGGGAGAGGAGAGGGGAAGACAAAGGGGAGGGGCAAAGGGGCGAAAGGGGCAGGUAGCGGAGAGGGUAUAGAAGAAGAGAAAGGGGAGGAAGAGGAGGCGGAGGGGAUGGGGCAGAAGGGCAGAGGGGGGAAGAAUGGCAGGUCAGGGACGGGCGGGCGUGGGGCAGGUGCAGCAGGGCAAGGGGGGAAGCGAGGGAGAGGCGCAGGGAAGGGUGCAAGUGCAAGUCCGAGCCACGGGCUGGAUAGAGAGUAUUUCUUGAAGCUGAGUCAGCUGCAGGAGGAGGAGGAAGAGGAGGAGGAGGGGAGGGGGAAGAGAAGACGGUUGUCAAAGUCUUGGAGAGCAGGAGAGGGCGUUGGAGGAGAGGAGAAGGAGAAAGGGGUGCCGCAGAUAGAGGAGAGGGAGGAGAGCGAGGAGAGAGCUGGGAUGGAAGAGAAAGCAGUGGGAGCGCAAGAGGGCGAAGUUCCUCCUGAAGGUGAGGAGACAGGGCUGCAACAUCCGAGGUUGGGGGAGUCUGCUCCCUUGGAAAGCCAGGAAGGAGGACCGCUGAACCCAAGCCUGGGCGACGCAGCUGGUGUGGAGAAUGCGGGUCUGAGCGAGCCAGUUCCAGUGGGAGCAGCAGGCGGGCAGGUGCAGGGAUCAGAAAACGCGGACGGUAUGCCCUUUGAUUCCCAGGCGGUUUGGAUGGACUCGCAAGCGGUGGAGAUGGGUGUGGGGGGGAGCCUGGGCGUGCAGGUGAGCCUGGGGGAGGUGUUAACUGCGGAUCUGGAGAUGUCCCAGCGGUGGACGGAGGGGGGAGGGGGCGGAGGAGGGAGUGAGGAGGGGGGUGAGAGGGUGGAGGAGAAGGAGGGAGGGGAUGAAAGGAAGGUUGAUGGGGAUGAGGGCAAAGGUGGAAAGGAGGGCAAGGAUGGUGGGGAGGGGAAAGAGGAUGGUGAAGAGAGGGGCAAGGGUAGAGAGGCGAGGGGCAACGUGAGUGGGAAGUCGGAUGCAGGUUUGGCUUCAGUGGAAAGCGGGGAAGGUGAUGGAGUGAAUAAGGACGGGGAAGAGGAAGGAGGGAGGGGAAAUGGUGAGAGGGAGGUGAAGAGAAGGCGAGUGGGGAGUGGUUUGAGCACUGAAGGAGUGGAAGGAGGGGGAAGAGGGAGGAAAAGUCCAGAGGUAGAGGGAGCAGGGGAGGCAACAGAGGCGGGGGGAGAAGCAGAGGCCGGGGGAGCAGCAGAGGCCGGGGGAGCAGCAGAGGCCGGGGGAGCAGCAGAGGCCGGGGGAGCAGCAGAGGUUGGGGGAGCAGCAGAGGCCAGGGGAGAAGCAGAGGCCGGGGGAGCAGCAGAGGCCGGGGGAGCAGCAGGGACAAAGGCGUCAGCAGAGGCAGGAAAGGAAACUGAGGAAGGGGGAACAGUAGGAGCAAGCGCGAGAGCAGCGGGGGCAGCCAGGACUGAAGCAGCUGCAUUGGGUGGUAUGGCUGGUGAUAUUGCUUGUGCGUUCUCCCCCGUGGGUGAAGACACACAGAUUGCCCUUGACGCUCUUGACCUCAUUCUCGUGCAGGAGGAGGGGAUGGGGGAGGAGGAGAAGGGGGAGGGGGAGGGGAAGGUUGAGGAAGCAGAGGAGGGCGGGAGAGGGAAGAGGAGAGCAGCUGGGAGAGGCAAGGGAAGAGGAAAGGGGAGAGGGCAAGGGAGAGGCGUGGGGAGAGGGAAUGGAAGAGGGAAGGGAGGAAGAAGAGGGGUAGUGCGGGAGGAAAGCAAGAGUGAAGCAGGGCUGGUGGGACUGGAAAGAGCAGUGGAGGAGGAAGGGGAGCAGGGAGGGGGAGGUGCAACAGUGGAAGAAGGGAAAAAGGGUGGAAAGGAGGUGGAUGGGGAAGGGGAGCAGAGCAGGGCGACUGGGACCAGGGGAGGCAGGCGAGCAGCAGGCAGCAGUCGAAUGACCCAAGGGUUGGUGGCCUGCCAGGUGAAGCGAGCGGUUAAGAGGGGGGAUGGUGGUCUGAACGACGGGGCCGUAGCAGAGGGGAAUGGCGGGGAGAGAGGAGAGGGAGGGUGCAAGAAGGGAGAUCGCGGAAGGGGGGAGGAGGAGGAUGGAGAAGGGGAGGGGGCGGUGGGGAACCGGGGGAAGAAAGUAAAGGGGAAGCCAGAGGGGAAGGAAGGGAGGAAGCACGAGGGGAAGGAGGGGAGGAAAUUAGAGGUGGAGAAGGGAGGGAAGAAACAAGUGCGGAAAGAGGGGAAGAAGCAAGAGGGGAAGGAAUUGAAGAAUCAAGAGGGGCAGGUGGCAGUUGCUGGUGGUGAUAGUGUGAGUGGGAGGAAGAGGAGAAAGACGUCUCUCGGGCUGCAUGAUGGCUUCUAUGAGCUUUUGGAGUCGAGUGAGAGUGAGAAAGAGAGUAAGAAAGGGAGUGAGGAAGGGAGUGAGAAGGGGGGUGAUUCUGCGAGUGAUGUGGGGAGUGAUGAGAGUGAGGAGGAAGAUGAGGCAAAGGCGAGGAAAAGGCAGAAAGGCUCGACUGCUGGAGGCAAGCAGAUGAGGAAGAAAGGCGAGAAGGCGAGGGAUAGGGAGGUGGAGCAGAGGGGGUCAGAGAGGGUACAGGGAGGUAGAGAGAGGCAGCAGAGGGGAAAGGCAAAGGCGGAACGCAAGGCACGCGCGGAGAGCAAGGCACGGGCAAGUGCGCAGAGAUUGGAGGAGCUGAGUGGGGCAAAGGCACGGACGGGGAAUAAGAGUGAAGGGAGUGAGGAGGAGGAGGGGCAGGCGGAGCUGAAAGAGAGUAAGCGGAAGGGGAGAGUGGAGCAGGGGAAGGGAGUGGUGGAAAGUGAAGGAACCGGGGGGGAUGAUGCGUCCAGGGUAGGGAGGAGCACGAGGGGCAGGUGCCAGGGAGGCCAGAGAGUGUUGGCAACAGAAGGGGAUGGGGUGGAGCAGAAGCAAGCGAGUGGUUGUAAAGAAGAAAUUGGAGGAGAAAGGGAAGGAGAGCAGAGAGAUAGAGAGGGGCAGGAAUGGGUCGAGGAAGUCGGAUUUCCAGGGAGGGCGAGAAGAAGACGGAGCAGCAGCGGUGCAGCAGGGUCUCAUCGCACCGGGUUGCAUGGUUUGUCUCCAGUGCGGGUACUGUUCAGCCGAUCCCUGGACGGCGACAUGAUCGCUGAGCUGACGAAAGUAGUGGAGAGGCUGGGAGGAGACGUUGUGUCUGAUACCUCCCCUGCCACCAUCACCACUGCCUCUGCGCUCUCCUCCUCCUCCUCAUCCUCCUCUCCUGUGGUUGCUUCUGCUGCCCCUGCUGCUUCCAUCUGCACUCAUUUUGUCUCGGCGCCGCAAAUCACCCGCUCGAUUAAUCUCCUCGUUGCUAUCUCCAGGGGCUGCCACGUGUGCACUGCUGAUUGGCUGCAUGCGUGUGCGAAGGCACGGGGGUUUGUGGAUGCGGGGGAGUAUGGAUCUCUGCUCUCUCCUGUCUCUAGAGCUUGGCUGGUGCUCCAGUCUCUGCUCUCUCCUGUCUCUAGAGCUUGGCUGGUGCUCCAGUCUCUGCUCUCUCCUGCCUUCUCAGACGUGCUCGCCUCCUCGCCUGCUGCUCUCCCCUCUCCUCACAUCUCCAGGUGA